GUUUCCAACAUCCUGAAUGAUUGAUUUGCUUUUAUGUUGAGUUUCAGGUUUCGUUUUUCUCAUUUUGUCAUCUUCUUGUAGAGCACGCCUUCUUCUUCUCCCUUUUGCAAUUUUGUUUUGACUGAACACCUCUGUUUUCCUUUGACUUUCCAAAUUCAUUUUCUUCAUAUGCAUUCAAAGCCUCAUUCCAAUUUCGGUUACAACUUUCAACUUCUUUCUUCUGCUGCAAACUUCUUCAUGUUCCUAAACUGAUCCUUUACUGGCAUGGAUUUUCCUGACUCUAUGGAAGGUUGGAUGAAGGCUUUAUAUGUGGUCUUUGUGUUCCUCUAUGCUUUCUUCCUUGGUGCCCUUAAAGGCAUAGUUGUGGGUCCUAUUGCUUGUCUGAUUCUGAUUAUAGGCAACGUUGGGGUGAUUCUGGGGCUGUUUCCUGCACAUGUGGCUUGGACUGUUUACACCCUUUUGAAGAUUCAUAUGUUUGAUGCACCCUUGAAAGCUGCUAUUUUGAUUGCUUUGCCUGGCUUGUUUGGCUUGUGGUUGGGGCUAGGCAUAGCUGGAAGCGUUCUUGUUGGAGUGGGGUAUGGCUUUUUCACCCCUUGGGUUUCAACUUUUGAGGCCUUCAGACAUGAUUGUGAGUCCAAGAAAUUUGCUCACUGCAUUGUGGAUGGAACAUGGGGCACAAUCAAAGGCAGUUGCACGGUGGUUAGGGAUUUUGCAGAUAUGUGUUACCAUUCAUUCCCCUGUUACCUAAAGGAACUGCGUGAAUCACCUGGCUCAGAUGAGCGGCAGAGGCUAAGGUUAAUUCAUGUUCCUGGAUGUAUCAUUGUUGGGAUAAUGGGGCUAGUAAUCGAGAUUCCUCUUUUCACUGCAAUUGCUAUAGUAAAGAGCCCCUACCUACUGUUCAAGGGCUGGUUCAGACUUUUACAUGAUUUGAUUAGCAGAGAAGGUCCAUUCCUUGAAACAGUUUGCGUCCCCAUUGCUGGUUUGACAAUAUUUGUGUGGCCACUAGUUGUCAUUGCCAGCAUUUUAUUGGCUAUUUUAUCAAGCAUUUUUGUUGGACUUUAUGCAUCUGUUAUAGUAUAUCAGGAAAGAUCUUUCCGUAGAGGUUUAGCCUAUGUGAUUGCAAUGGUUGCUGAGUUUGAUGAAUAUACAAAUGAUUGGCUCUAUCUUCGAGAGGGGACAUUCUUGCCAAAGCCCCAGUAUCGAAAGAAAAAGGGUUCUCAAUCAUCAUCUGUGAAAGGAAACAGUGUGAGUGGAAGCAGAUUAAACACAUCUAUGGAGCCACCUGCAAUGUUUAUGCCAAACUUAGCUCCUUCAAGAUCUGUUAGGGAGACUAUUCAAGAAGUAAAAAUGGUGCAGAUAUGGGGAAACAUGAUGAGGUACUGUGAGAUGAGAGGCAAGGAGUUAUUGGAUUCUAAUGUACUUACAGCUGCUGACCUUUAUGAAUGGAUGAGGGGGAAGAAUGGCAAUGAAGCUGCCAUAGUUGGUGUUGGCUUGCCUUGUUAUUCACUUCUACAAACACUUGUCUUCUCCAUCAAAGCCAACUCAAGUGGUGUCUUGCUACUUGAAGACUUCGAGAUAACCUAUCUAAACAGACCAAAGGACAAGUUGUUGGAUUGGUUCUUCAAUCCUGUGAUGGUUCUGAAGGAACAGAUAAAGGUGAACAAAUUGGGGGAAGCUGAAGUGAGAUAUUUGGAAAAAGUAGUUCUCUUUGGAAGCAACAAGCAACGCUUGGAGGCUUGGGACAACGGUGGUUUGAUGAUUCAUGAUGCUCUUAGAGCUGCUCAAAUCGAGGGAAUUUCCAGAAGGAUGAUUGGUAUGAUAAGAGGUGUAUCAAAGCUGCCAACUUAUAGAAGGAAGUUUCGUCAGAUUGUUAAGGCUUUAGUUACUCAUUCUCUGGAGAAAGAUGCUUCAGAAAAGGCUUUAGUUACUCAUUCUGUGGAUGUAGAUGUUUCUGAAAAGGCUUUAGUUACUCGUUAUCUGGAGAAAGAUCCUUCUGGAAGAUCCAGUAGGUCUAUAAUAUCAGUUGCCUCGGAUGAAAAUGUUUAACUUGUUUUGUUCUCUAACAUUGUUUAUGAAACAUCAUUGUAAAUUCCUUUAAAUUGUUGAUUUAUUGAUGAUUGUGAAAGAACUUAUUUUGAGGUUAACUACAGAUUGAAGACAUUAGUUUUUGGUUGA